UGAACUGCAAGCAGCGUGAGUUUGAAUGUCAAAAUAGAGCGUUUGUAUUUCUGCGUUAAUUUUGCUUGUAAGAGAAUGCCACUUGCGUAAAUAUCGUCUCAGACAUGAAUUACCGAUUGAAGUAUUUAGAAUAGCCAUUUCAUUAACAUUACGAUUAUGUUUUCAAGUAAUUUAUUACGGCAUGUGACUCCUGAAUGGGUUACCUUGUUCAGUUGCAUAAAAUGCAUCUCCAGACAGUGCAGCCAAAAACAGUUGAAAAAGGUUUCGGUACGUGAUGCUCUGUCCAGUAAAGCAUUGGGAUCUAACGUCAGAAUACAGGGUUGGGUCCGUUCUGUCAGGUCGCAGAAAGAGCAUCUCUUCCUCCAUGUCAAUGAUGGCUCCUCUCUCCAACCUCUACAAAUAGUAGCCAGCAGCGACUUGCAAGACAGAGGCCUGACGUUUGGAAGUGCCAUUGAUGUCACAGGAAGCCUGGAGAAGAGUCCGAGCAAGAAACAGAAUGUGGAGCUCCAUGCAAGACACAUUGAAGUGACUGGAGCCUGUGAUCCGGUUGAUUACCCCUUUAAAAUUAAGGAGCGUCACUCUAUGGAAUACAUCAGACAGUUUCCCCACCUCCGCUGUCGAACAAAUGCCUUCAGUGCUUUGCUAAGGGUUCGCAGUGAAGCAACAUCUGCUAUCCAGUCUUUUUUCAAGGACAACGGUUUUGUACAGAUCCACACUCCAGUCAUCACAUCCAAUGAUUGCGAAGGAGCAGGAGAUCUGUUCCAGGUGGAGCCCGCCAGGAGAGAAAGAAAACAAGAAGUGGCAGACCAGGAGGAGAAGGAGGAAGAGGGCAGCCCCCAUUUCUUCUCUGUCCCCACCUACCUGACCGUCUCAGGUCAGCUUCACCUGGAGGUCAUGGCUGGGGCCUUCCCAGCGGUGUACACCUUUGGGCCGACCUUCAGGGCAGAAAACUCCCAGAGCAGGCGGCACCUGGCCGAGUUCUACAUGGUGGAGGCAGAGAUCGCCUUCACCCGCUCCCUGGAGGAUAUCAUCAGGGUGAUGGAGAAUCUCUUCAAAGCCAGCACAGAGCAUGUUCUCACACAUUGUGCAGAGGACGUGGAACUUUUUCACAAAUAUGUCACACCUGGACACAGGGGGCAAGUGGAUCUCAUGCUGAGUCGAAAGUUUAAUGUGAUUUCCUACACAGAGGCCAUCGACAUUCUAAACCGCAGUUCCCAGACAUUUACUUUCCCCACCGAGUGGGGUUGUGACCUGCAGACAGAACACGAGAAGUACCUGGUGAAACAUUGUGGCAACGUCCCCGUCUUUGUCACCGAUUACCCCUAUGACAUCAAGCCCUUCUACGCCAGGGACAACCAGGACGGGCCACACCACACUGCUGCGGCUGUGGACUUGCUGGUGCCAGGCGUUGGGGAGCUGUGCGGAGGAUCUCUGAGGGAAGAGAGACUGGACCUCCUGAGGAACCGACUCACAGAGAUGGGUCUGGAGGAUACAUAUAAAUGGUAUCUUCAGCUGAGAGAGUUUGGCUCCGUUCCUCACGGUGGCUUUGGGAUGGGGUUUGAGCGCUACCUCCAGUGCAUAUUGGGUGUAGACAACAUCAAAGAUGUUAUUCCAUUUGCAAGGUUUUCACACUCUUGCCUUUUGUGAUGUUCAUUAUGAUGAUAUCUACUAGAGUAGCCUGCCUGAUGGAGGACUUCUGUCUUGUCAACAUGGAUUAAUGAAGAAUAUGUAAGUUUAAUAUUGUGUAAUAAAGUUGUGUAAUAUUUCUGUCA